UGAGUUACAAUUUUCCGUAUUGAAAAAGUUGAAUAAAUGUUGGCACUCUGAAAAAAUCGCCUUUGGAAUACAACUCUGACCUCUUUAUCGUGUAAUUGAGCGUCUAAAAUUCAUCAGAUCGUCGUCCUCUUGAGAGUGAGAGAGUCAUCAUAGACGAGAGAUUCUUGUCGAGAGUGAUUAUAUUUAUUGUGGGAUUUAUGGCCGCGAGACGGAAUUCAUAUCUCUAGUAUAAAGCACUCAAGUUCGAAUCAUUCCGUUUUGUGUCGAUUGGAUCGACGUGCUGCAACGAUCUCGCGAGUUAAUUAAUUUAAAUCGAUUAAUUAUAAGUCCUAGAAUGCGGCUUCUCGUUGUGUUUGCUGUAAUUACCUGUAUACUACUCAUGACUGAAAUUGCAUCAGCGAAAAAAGAAUACAAGAAGAAAAAGAGAGAUGUGGAAAGUUAUGAAACGAGUGAUGACGAGAAGCCAUCUAAAAAAUCUAAACUGAAGCUGAAUGAAAAACGAAAAGAGAAGGAUAAAAAGGUAAAACUAGUGGGAAACAGUCAGGAAGACGAGGACGAAGAAACCGAUUUGAAGAUGAGUGAAGAGAUAACCAUUGAAGAACGUGAAAAUCGGAAGAACGUGAAAUCCAGGAAGAAGCAAAAGAAGUCGAGGAAGAGUGAGCAAUUGAUUGAGGAUGAACAGAGGUCUGAUGAGGACGAGGAAGGCUCUGCCUCUGCGGUGAAGCCUUCGAAGAAGAAAAAAAAUAAAAAAUCCCAGUCCUCCGAUCACGAGGGGUCCGGGCAAAGUGAAGAGCGUAAAAUAAAAAAGCAGCAGAAAACCUCCAAGAAGAAGAAGAAUAAAAUGAAGACUGAGGAAGAGGACUCAGAGGGAAAGGAAGCGUCUGGAGAACCCGAGAAAAAUCGGAAGAAGGACAAGAAGUCGUCUGUGAAUUCGAAACGAGGAAAAGAUAAAGAGGAAAUUGUACAUGAAGAUAAUCCCGAGGAAGAAAAUGAGGAAAUCAAUGAAGAGGAGACAAAAGAUGAUUCAGACAGCUGUCAGGCCAAAUCUGGUGGGCAAAAUCAAGAUCCAUUGGGGAAGAACUGCAGGCAUUAAUUUUUAUAUUAAUUUGAAUAUUUCAGGAGGAAAAGAAUUCUACCAAUGAAUUCUCACCGACUGACUUUCAUAAUUUCUUAUCUCAAUUUAUUGUUCCCAUUUUUUAUUUACAUUAGUACAUUAGCGCCAUGAGUUAACGUAAAAUUUUUUUUUCGCAAUAUCUGUCAAUUUCCAUGGAGUUAUUGGGCAAGAGUUACAAGAAAAAUAAUCAACGAAAGUUAUCGCUCCAACUAGAGUAAUCUAUUAGUGCACAUUAAAUUGUUUCGUCACCCCGAA